AUGCCUAGCAGUUUUUAUAAUGGCAAGACUGUACUUGCACACUGGGAUCCCAUCCUCAAGGCUGAACUAUCUUUCCCAGAAUCCUCAGAGCUCACUGUUCACCAGUUUCCUAUUAAGAAUCAUCAAUACUGCCUACAUGAUCUCAUUUACCAACCCAAUUCUCCUGGUAAUCUUCUAAGAGGUUUAACGGAUACUAAUUCAGGUAAUCUUCAAAACAACCCUGUGAGAAUAGGCCGGGGAGGCGCCCGAUUACCGCCGCCAGAGCUUAACCGCGCGGCGCCCGGCCUCAGAACUACAAGCCCUCACUCCGGAGGAAACGCACAGUGGCCUGAGGCCCUCGAUCUCGUCCGCAGAACCUGGCCUGUCCCGCGCUCGUUUCCUUCAGAAGAGAAGCGGCCGCCUCCGAGCCUGCCUCACCGCCCUCAAGGCCUCGCCUGCCUCGGAGGACAGUCCAGCGCCCAAGACGUAGGCGCUGGAACUCCGGGGAGUUCCUUCUCAGUCCCGGAUUACAUCAUAGAAUUCAUAGUGGUGCGAAACCUUUUGAAUGUGACAAGUGUGGGAAAUCUUAAGUACAUUUCAAGCCUUAAAGCACACCUGAGAAUUCAUACUGUACCUCAGAGGAUUCAUACUUGUGAGAAACCUUAUGAAUGUAAGGAAUGUGGGAAAGCCUUUCACACUGCCUCAUACCUUGUUAUAUAUAAGAGAAUUCAUUCUGGUGAAAAAACUUUUGUGUGUCAGGAGCUUUGGAAAGCUUUUAGUUACAGCUAUCAACUUACUAUACAUUAUGGAGUUCAUAGUGGUGAGAAAUCUUAUGAAUGUAAGGAAUGUGGGAAGACCUUUGGUCUGUGUGGAAGACUCACCAGGCAUCAAACUACUCAUAGUUGUAAGAAACGCUUUGAAUGUAACAAAUGCGGGAAGGCUUUUACAUGCAUUGCAAGCCUUAAAAAAUAUCAGAGUAUUCACACUGGUGAGAAACACUAUGAAUGUAAGGAAUGUGGAAAAAGCUUUCAUCUAGCCUCAACCCUUGUAACACAUGACAGAAUUCAUACUGGUGAAAAGUCCUAUCAUCAUAAUGAAUGUGGAGAGGCUUUUGGUGAGACAUCUUGUUAG